AGCGAUCAGGUGUCGCGCCCGUUGCCAAAGCCAGACAUCACAUCGACCACAAACACUCAUCAAAUUCGUCACUUUCCAGAAUCGAUGGACAAAAUAAAGUUAACCAAAUUCGAUUGCAUUGUUCCGAACCUCUCGAAAAUGGUGGCCGAAUCGCCUGAAUUCAGAUCAGAUCAGGAAAUUAUGUUAAGUUUAAUGGAAAGAGUGGAAAAUCACAUGAAAUACGAGAAACAAAGGCUUUAUAAGACACCAUCGCUUAAUAGGAGCACCGAUUGUAAAGAACCGAUGGUAUCGACUGAGUUAGAGGCGGCCCGACUCGUACUCUCACAUUUCAGUUUCCUUACAUUCGAGACGUUACAGGACGCUCCGAUGGGACAAAUGAUUCCUUCGCUCAUUGCUCUCAACAGCAAAAGUGCGGAUUUCGUGUCGAAUCUGAAAACUCUGGACUCGAUAUCGAACCGAACGAGUGAUUCGGUGUUCGUUUAUUACGUCCGACAGGGAGUGAAGAGCGCCGACGAAAUACUCGCCGAUAAUAAGCAACAGUUCGCGUCAAACGCUCACUUCAGAGAGUUUGUACUUUCUUUGGGCUCAAUCAUUGACGUGAGGACUCAUUCCGGAUGGACGGGACACGUGUCCACCGCUUGGAAGACAGUGACCGACACCACCGGCGCUAAAGAACACGACAAGAAUUAUGUGUUUGACGGCAAAAAGCAUGCCCUCUAUUGGGCUGACGUGAGCCACGAAUUAGUUUUCUUACUUCCGUCCGGUUUUACCGCUUUGAAUGACGAACCGCUGGACAACACGUCACUCGACGGCGACUAUAAGCAGAGGGCUGUCAGUGACGCGCACUCCGACGCCAGGUCUGUGUCCAGUCUCAGCGAUGACGGAACCAUUUCGUCAAAGACUUUGGUGGAGAACGAGUCGACGAGAAGUAGCCUUAGACGCAAAUUUCGGAACCAUUUGCUUCACAACAUUGGAUGUGAUGUUAAAGUACUUAUAUUUUGGAUGGAAAGCACUGACGAUCACUACGAACUGCCAAUCAACAAUUUGUUACUAACGACUGGCACUGGAGUUGAAGCUAAUCUGAGUCUUUGGAAAGACUUUGUGCUCAUUUUGAUCCAUCAACUCAAGAAUGGACUCUUCAGAAUCAUAAUCCAAGGCUCAGGCGGACGAACUCCAAUCACUUUACCCCUAAUCGACGGAAUGGUUGUCAGUAAACAUAUUUUGGGUACUUUUGUACGUUUGGCAGCGCUUAACAUUUGCCGACGCCGACGGCUCGACACUGAAAGCUUCCAACCCCCACACGUCAAACGAAGGCUCAAAAUCCAAGACAUUGUCAAUCGAUACCGCCUUAUGUUACCUGAAUCUGAACUCUACAACUCGUUAUUCACUUCCAAAUAGUUUACGAAACGUUAGACAAUAAUUCAAAACCUUUAUAUUUAAAUACAUUGUCAUAUCAUGUGUUGAGGAGAAGAAAGCAAAUGUACUGAAAAAUUAAUUUAUUUUAUCGAUAAUUAUUAGAACAUAUUUAUAUAUAUAUUGAAAAGUAUAUCUUUACCUGUUUUUAACGCAUAUUUAAAUAUUAUAUUUAAUUAAACAAUAUUUUGUG